AUGGCCGUCCGCAUACCAGCAUCUUUGCACCGCAGCGGCCUCCGCCCAUACCUCGCCGAAUUCAUUGGCACACUGCUCUUGAUUCUCAUCGGCGACGGCGUAGUCGCCCAAGCCGUCCUCACAGACUUCUACUACGCCAAUUUCUUGUCUGUAAACCUCGCUUGGGCCUCUGCAGUAGCUCUGUCCUGCUACAUCGGCGCAGCAGUAAACCCAGCAAUCACUCUUGCAUCAGCCAUCAUCCGCCCUACCAAACUCCAAUGGCAACAACUUCCGGGCAAGAUCAUUGCACAAUUUGCUGGAGCUUUUAUUGGUGCUGCUUUGGUGUAUGGUCAAUACAGAUCUGCGAUUAAAUCUUGGGAUCCUGAAUACACUAUUCCUGGAGGCAGUAUUUUGUCACCCCAGGGACAUCAUUCUGCGGGCAUUUUUGCUACGUAUCCGGCUUCGCACUUUGGAAGUAAUUGGGAAGCUGCUGUUACGGAGUUUUUGGGAUCGAGUUUGUUGGCUUUUGGGGCUUCUGCUGUUGCAGACCCUAAGAAUGAGGCACUCAAGGCUCCUCAGUUUAUGAUGUUUGCGUUGAUGGUUGCUAUUGGUGCUUCCAUGGGUUGGCAGACUGGUUAUGCCGUCAACCCAGCCCGCGACUUUGGUCCUCGUGCCUUCUCAGCCAUCAUCUACGGCCGCGAAGUCUUCUCUGCCAAGGGCUUCUAUUUCAUCGUCCCUCUUUUCGUGCCCAUCUUUGGUUGCAUUGUUGGUGCUGCUGUUUACGAUGCUUUCAUGUUCGAGGGCGAGGGAUCUGCUGUUACUGAUGCUAUGGAUGCUGCCGAGGGUCAUGAUGGCAGAAUUGCUUUGGAGUAA